AUGGUUGUUAAUAUGGAUAUGCUGCCCUUCAAAAAACACGUUUUUGCUUCUAUUUCCGGAGUAUUCUCUUCAUUUGCCCGAGUGAUGUGCAACUAUGACGACACUACCUCCGCGGAAAUGUCAAACGGCCACGAAAGUGCCCUGCAAACAGCUGACACCACUGGAAAUUUUAUUGAAACUUGGAUUCUCCAAGCUCAGAGCGUACCUGAUAAAAAUUCAGAACAAGUAAUCAAAGCUCUAGAAACAUUACUAGAACCAAGCGACUGCAUGGACCGAGUAGAACUAGAGCUUUAUGUCUCCCCAACCUUCAUCGGCUUGUUCAUAAAUGAAAAGCAAGCCAGCUUCUUCGAAUCAGCUGUCAGCAAGUUCAUCAAGAAGUUAUCAAACAUAGGAAUCACUGCAGAAGCUGACACAAAGUCUAUGCAUGUAUCUCUGGCCUACGAGUUCUCGAGCCAACACUUCCAAGCCUUGCGCUCCAUGAUAGAGAAACUAACCCCGUCAUCCAGUAACUGGGAGCUUAAACUCUACUCUCGCGACCCGCGGUUCCGGGCCUGGAGAGUCCACAAAGUUGUUCAGCCCUUCACUCCCCGGGCAAAUGACGAGCUUGAAUUGGGACCAGGUGAUUUUAUUUAUUUACAAGAAGACAGCUCGGCUGAUGGCUGGGUCCAAGGUGUUUCUCACUCAACUGGUGCCUCAGGACUGUUUCCAGUUGAUUUUACCAAGCGUACUGCUGUGACCAGCACCUGGACGCUGCAUAAGGCAGUUGUCGUGCCUGUUUACUCUGCUACAGCAGAAGUAGUCGAGGGUUCUCCAGCAACUUCUCUCAGACAAAUUUACAUCUGUCGUCACGGCGAACGCGUAGACUUCACAUUCGGAGCAUGGAUUCCCUACUGCUUCGAAGCAGACGGCUGUUACAUCCGCCGCGACCUGAACAUGCCGGAAAAAAUUCCUGUGAGAAAUAUCCAGGACUAUCAAAACGACAGUCCACUGACCACUAUAGGGGAGCUGCAAGCUCACUUGACUGGCGAGGCGAUGAAGUCCUCAAAUGUAAAAAUAGACGUGGCCUUUGCUUCACCAUCUCUAAGGUGCGUUCAAACUCUAUCUCACAUUCUAAGGGGAUUAGGUUCGACAAUUGAAAUGAAAGUAGAGCCAGGCUUGAUUGAAUGGUUGGCCUGGUACCCUAACGGGUUGCCAGCCUGGAUGACCGGUGAGGAGCUGACCCGGGCCGGGUUCAAUGUAGACAGAAAUUACCACCCAAUUGUCAGGAUUGGACAGCUUCCGGACAAGGAAAACGCCGCGCAGUACUACGAGAGAAGCUACGGGCUGGUUAAAAAAAUUAUCGAGGGAACUGUCGGGAAUGUUCUGAUCGUAGCGCAUGCAGCUUCACUCGCAGCUUGUACCAGACAGCUCACUGGAGGGAGAGUUCCAUCCGCUGCUGAAGUUACAAGGUUGGUCCAGCGAGUUCCUUAUUUAGCUUGUCUCACUGCUUGCGAGGAGAUUGAUGGUUGGCAAUUACAUCCUCCUCCCUUCUCACCCAUCACCCACACCAGCAAUAAUAGGUUUGAUUGGAAAAUACUUGUCUAG